AUGGUGGCACCGACUGCCUCUCUCACUCCCCUCUCCCGUGCCGACGGUUCGGCCUCGUACCAGUGCCCCGCGACCGGUGCUAAUAUCCUGGGGUCGGUAAAUGCACCGGUUGAGCUUCCGGGUCGCCGAGAUGCUCUGAAACCCGAAGAAGCUACCGUGGAGGUUUUCGUGAAGCCGGGUACGGCACCGGGCGGGGUGGGCGAGCGCUAUGUUGAGGGGAUCAUCAAAACCAUGUUGGGACGGGUGAUCCUGGGUCGUGAGAAGGGUUACGCGAGACGGGGCGUUGUCCUCACGCUGGCGAUAGUGGGAGGAGAUAGCGUGGGAAGGGGUGAUUCGUAUUUGACAUUGCUCCCGGCCCUAUUGCAAACGUCCCUCCUCGCCCUUCUGUCGGCCGCAGUUCCGUUGUCGAUGACAUUUUCUGCAACAGUUCUCGGAGUGAACCCGUCCGGCGACCUGAUUCGUGACCCGUCGGUGAAGGAAGCGGCUGUCGCAACCUCCCUACAUGCCCUUGCCUUCACGUCGAAAGGGCAUUUGCUGUUGAACGAGAGUCAGGGCGCGUUCGAUUUUGACACGUGGGAACGGGUGCGCCGGCGUGCGGCAGCCAUCUGCCACGGAACUAUGGCGACCACCGAUGGAGAUGUUGCAAUGGUCGAGGACGUGGAUGGACAGCCUCUGGAAGGCACUGUACGGGAGCUGGUGGAGGAGAAGUUCCAUCAAGACUACGCCUGGAAGAUCGACGCGGCAUGA